GUUGUGCUGUGAGUAUAGAAUCCGACCCGCGCGAGGUCCGGAUCCGAUAACCACAAAGAUCAUUCCGCUACACGCAACUCACCGAGUUGGAUUGGGCCGGCGAAUCGGGAGAGGGAAGCAGGGGAGGGAUGGCAUCUCGAAGCGCGGCGGCAGCGCUAGGGCUUUUGGCCUUGGCAUCGUUCUGCUGUUCGAUCCCGUUGGUCCGCGGGGAAGCGGUGGAUGGAGGAACAGGACGAGGAGGCGGAGAUGGUGGCGACGCCGCCGAAGGCGCUAGGGGAGCGCGGUUGCUGCUCAGCUUUCAUGAAGCCAAGGGGAACGCCUCCUUCAGGUGCUCUCCCGUCGGCCCUUGCCUCCCUUGCCAGUACUCUGAGAAGAGUGAUCACAAAUAUCGAUGUAGUGAAACUGGCUAUCGAGUGCCUUUGAAAUGUGUACAAAUAAAAGAUAGUGUGGGGGAGGCAAGCAGGAUCAAAGCUCGAAGAAAGCUCUUCUUCCUCCAAGAACAUGCAUCAGCAGUGCAGAAACAAAUCUUCACCUCUAUAAGUAACUAUAAAUGGAGGAAACUGUUGGCUGAUUCGUCAAAAUCAGAGAAUGAAGAAGAAAGCUAUAUUACUUAUAGGAGCUGUGUACCAGUUGAUAGUGAGGAGAAGUUGUCCGUACUUGGUUUUGAGGUGAUUAUGGUGGGCUUGUUACUUAUAAGUGGUUCAGUUAUUUACUUGCGGCAAAAGCGUACUGCAGUCAUGCCAGGAGUUGCACCAGUGAGGAUACCCACAAGCUCCCCUAGGUUCUGAUACGGGUUUGUUCUAUGGAUCCCAAGCACGACCUCUUACACGGAUCAAUUUAUGGAUCUUUCUUCAGUUAUGGAGCUCACAUGUCCAAUCAUUUUCAGAUUCUCUGGCAUUCUUCAACAGGUUGCAGCUGAUCAAUUUCAGGAAGUACUGUUGGACUUUGGAUGUUAGCAACUGGAAACAUCCAUAUGGAUGUCGAGACUGAGUUGCAAAGAACAAAUGAAUGAAUGCAAUAGAAUGGAUGGGAAGAGUAUUAGUAGAUGCUUGUCUUAAGGUGGUUUCUUUCUCAGUUCGCCCUUGUAAUGAUGUAUGCUUGAUGACUGCUGCAAGGAGCUCAUAUGAGUUGAGAUCUCCCUACAAUUGCAGCCUGUGUAAAACUGAUAUCCAUGAGAUGUAAUGGAAAGGUAAUAUCUCAUCCUCAAGUGUUAGCAAAA